AUGAAGACAAUCCAUUGUUUAACAGCUCUCGGCUUUCUGGCUGGUACUCUCGAGGCUCUGCCAGAUAUUGCAGCCAGGACCCACCAAGGAAUAUUCCACGGUGUCCGAGUGCAUGACAAAGUAGAUGCCUUUCUUGGGAUCCCAUAUGCCAAACCUCCUAUAGGCGAUCUUCGGUUCCGCCCUCCACAGCCUCUUGACACAGGCGACGAACAUACAAUCGUCAAUGCAACUCAAUUCGGUCCUGUGUGCUAUCAGUUCCGGUACAAGACCGUGCUAGGAGACAACCUAGCACCAACGACCCCCGAGUCGGAGGACUGCUUGUCACUGAACGUCUUCGCACCACGAGCACGCCCAAAAUCCAAAUUGCUGCCAGUUUUGGUCUGGUUAUAUGGAGGUGCUUUCAGUGAGGGAGGCUCCAGUGCUCCAUUAUUUAACCCUACCGGCCUCGUCGCAAACCAGCCCGAUAUCAUCGUUGUCACUUUGAAUUACCGUCUCAACAUGUUCGGAUUUCCCAACUCUCCCGCGAUUCCAAUCGACCAGCAGAAUCUUGGUAUUCGAGACACACGAGCAGCAUUGGAAUGGCUGCGCAAGAACCUCGCUGCAUUCGGUGGCGAUCCAACUAGAAUCACACUUGGCGGCCAGUCUGCAGGUGCAGAUACUGCUGCCGUGCUGACCUAUGCAUUCAAAGAUGACCCGAUCGUGCAAGGUCUGAUCCUGCAGAGCGGGGUUCCAGAAUAUAUCGGGCCCCAGGAUGAUUUUGUAUUCAUUCAGGCAGCAGAGAAAGUCGGAUGCAGAAAUGCUGCAAACAGAACGAUUGAGCUAAGCUGCAUGAAAUCAGUCCCUGCGCCGGUUCUGCACAGAGCGCUUUCCAACCUUACGGUCAACCCGUUCGGUACGACUGGAGGGGCCCCGAUGAUUGAUAAUAUCACUCUUUAUUCUGCAGAAGAGUAUGGCCGUCUAGGCUUGGCUGGCACUUUUGCGAAGGUGCCUGUCCUGAUGGGCAUCACGAACAAUGAAGCUGAUGGGGUUCUGAACUGGUCUGAAAAGGGCGGUGUCAACAAGACCAUUUCAGAUAUCCUCGAAACCACAUAUUUCAAUUGUCCCAUGUCUAAAGAAGCCUCUUUCCGGGUGAAGCAUCAUGUUCCAGUGUGGCGAUAUCGCUACAUGGGAAUCUUCCCAACGGUGACAUUCUUCCCGUGGCUAGGACCUUACCAUCAAGCGGAUAUUGCAUUUGCCUUAGGGUCAUACAGGCAUCUCCAGCCUCACAAAAAGCCGCAGUGGUACGAAGUGGCCGCCAGCGAUUACCUUCAAACAGCGUGGGCGGCAUUCAUCAAGUCUCCGGGGGAUGGACUGUUAAGGAAGAUGGGUUGGCCGAUGUACAAUCCGAACGGCACGACCCUUGUCGAACUCUUCGCUAAUAACACCCCGACUGCCCGUCUCCGAGACCCGGCCGAUUUUGAUGCUAUUUGCUCUAAUCCACCUCCAAUGCCGACGGACUUGUGGUCCUAA